CUUAUACCUUUCUCUUCUUUGGAGAUCCAGUGCUAAAGGAAUUCAUACGACGUCUGAACCUUGAGCAGAUUUGAUCGAAGAUUCACCGUCUGGUGACACUCCACCCGCAACCAUGUCCUUCGCCUUCAGCAAAGUCGAGUUCGAAGAGGUCGAGUUCCAGACCCUCGACAAGCUUACCUUGAAAGCUCGUCUAUAUUCAGCCGCGAAACGUGGGCCGGCGCUCGUGAUGAAUCCUGGAUACAACUGCACAAAAGAAAUCUCCGCCCCCAGCGCCGCAGCCUACUUCCAAAGCAAGGGGAUCACAUGCCUAAUCUACGACCCUCGAAACUGCGGACAGAGCGACGGUACGCCACGCCGCGAAAUCGACCCGCACCGACAAGUCGACGACUACCUCGACGCAAUGACUUACAUGUCCGGGCUCGACAUCGUCGACCCCGACCAAAUCGGGUUCUGGGGCGUAUCGUUUAGUGCGUCGAUUGCGCUGGCCGCCGCAUGCUAUGAUCCGCGCGCAAAGUGUAUCAUCACCGUGAGUCCGUGGACGUUCGAUUUUGGGAUCACGGCCGCGGAGGCCAAGGAUAAUUUCUCGCGACUGGUUGCGGAGCGCGAGGCGCAGGCGCUUGGGAACGAGCCGUUCUACACGGCGAUGGUCGAUGAGGAGGGCAACAACCCGAUCCACGUCAAUGUCGACUGGGGCGACGAGGUGCGGGCGGCGGUCAACGAAUUCGUGUCGCUGUCCGCGGACGGGUUUGUGCCCACGGUCACCUUCCAGAGCUACUACAAGCUCUUCACAUUCAGCCCCUAUCUGUCGCUGAAGUUCUUGGGCGACACGCCGCUGAUGAUGGUUGUGCCGGAACACGAUACGGUGUGUCCGGUGGAGCAGCAGGUGAAGCUGUAUGAUGCGGUCGAGGGGCCCAAGGAGAUUUAUCAUGCCGAGGGCAAGAGACAUUUGAAUAUGUUGGCCGAGGAUAAGUUCUUUGAGCCUAUGAUGAAGCCGCAGGUGGAGUUUUUCUUCAAGGUUAUGCGGGGGGAGGCGAUUUGAGCGUGGCUCUCUGCCUGGAUCAUUUGUUAUCUGAGAGCAUUGAGUGUUGUUCAUUUUUACGUGAGGUCAAUAGAACUAGAGUUUUCGAGGCGACUAGUAACCCUGAAUCAAUUAAUUCAGAGCGG